UUGCAACCUCAGAAACCCCUUAUCCCAUUAAAGCCUUAAGUACUAUGGAAAUCGUUGAAGAUAUUGUCAUUGCAGGAGCUGGACUUGCUGGCCUAACUACAGCCUUGGGACUUCACAGGUUGGGGAUUCGAAGUUUGGUGUUGGAAUCAGCAGAUGGAUUACGGGCCACUGGAUUUGCAAUUACGAUAUGGAGCAAUGCUUGGAAGGCCCUUGAUGCUGUUGGGGUAGGUGACACCCUUCGCCUGAAGCAUAAGCAGUUUCAGAGAUUAGUUGCUCCCUCCUUGGUUCCUGGGGAAGUCAGUUCAGAGUUGUUGGUUAAGGGACACGAAGUUCGUUGUCUGAAGAGAAAUUUAUUGAUGGAAGCCCUGGAACAGGAACUCCCAAGUGGCACCAUUAGGUUCUCAUCUAAAGUGGUUUCUAUUGAGGAAUCUGGUCACUUUAAACUGGUCCAUCUUGCUGAUGGAACCGUCAUAAAAACAAAGGUGUUGAUUGGGUGUGAUGGAGUUAAUUCGGUGGUGGCAAAAUGGCUCGGAUUCAAUACCCCUGUUUUUACAGAGAGGGCAGCUAUUAGGGCUUAUGCAGAUGUCAAAGGUGGACAUGGAUUUGGACCAGAAUGCUUCCUAGCCUUUGGCAAUGGGGUGCGAACUGGUUUUGUUCCUUGUGAUGAUGAAACUGUAUAUUGGUUCUUAAGUUACACUCCCUCCAGCCGAGAUGAAGACAUGCAGGACAACCCAGCUAAACUGAAGCAAUUUGCAUUAAGCAAGCUUGGAAAUCUGCCUGACCAAUUGAAAUCCAUUGUUGAAAGCACUGAGUUAGAUAGCAUCAUAACAUCUCCACUGAGAUACAGACGUCCAUGGGAGCUUCUGUGGGGAAAUAUUAGUAUAGGUAAUGUCUGUGUAGCCGGUGAUGCCCUGCACCCUAUGACCCCAGACAUUGGCCAAGGUGGAUGCUCUGCUCUGGAAGACGGUGUUGUACUAGCUAGAUGCCUUGCCAAGGCCUUAUCAGAACCAGGGGAGGAAGAAUGGAAGAGAAUUGAGAAGGGGUUGGAGAAUUAUGCCAAAGAGAGAAGAUGGAGAAGUUUUGAGCUCAUUAGCACAGCUUAUAUAGUUGGCACUAUACAACAAAGUAGUGGGAAGAUCAUGGGUUUCUUGAGGCAAAAAUUUCUUUCCAAAUUCUUAGUUGGAUUGAUGAUUGGGAAGGCUGGAUUUGAUUGUGGAAAACUUAGUGUUGAUUGAAUCGAGGCAUAUCUCCUCCUCUUUUUUUAAAUCUUAAGACACAUAAUAAGAGAAAAUUUUUCUCAUUUUUUAAUUGAUUUUACUUGUAUGUUAUGUAAUUUAAAUUUAAAAUUUUUUAUUUUUAAUAAAAGAAUAUCUUUUGU